CGUCAUCAUGCCUGAACCAGCAAAGCCCGCGCCCAAGAAGGGCUCAAAGAAAGCCGUCACCAAGAGCGCCGCCAAGAGUGGAAAGAAGCGCAGGAGGUCCAGGAAGGAGAGCUACGCCAUCUACGUGUACAAAGUCCUGAAGCAGGUUCAUCCCGACACCGGCAUUUCUUCAAAGGCGAUGGGCAUCAUGAACUCUUUCGUUAACGACAUCUUUGAGCGCAUCGCCGGUGAGUCUUCUCGUCUCGCUCACUACAACAAGCGCUCCACCAUCACCUCGAGAGAGAUCCAGACCGCCGUGCGUCUCCUGCUGCCCGGUGAACUCGCCAAACACGCCGUGUCUGAGGGAACAAAGGCCGUCACCAAAUACACGAGCUCCAAGUAAAGCCGAGAGUACCCAAU